UCAAGUGGACUCCUUGCAUCGCCACAACACAUCCCUAGGAUCUGGUGUAAGGAGAGUCUACAUUCACGCAGAGAAUACUUAGAGCUGGGAGUAUCUCUCCUUUUCUCCUUACCUUAUAUCUCUGUCUCUUUCUCCUCCUGUGUCCCUAUCUGCCUUUCUUUUCUCUCCCUUUAGCUGCUGCACAGACAAGUUAACACAGAAGCUCCACACCUUUGAACAAGCAGGGGCACUAGAAAAGUGGACACAAUUCUUCAGUGAGAAGGAAACCACAACCCACACUGACAGUCAAACAUUGGUGUUGUCUUCUUACCUGAUCCCAGCGCUCAGAGGGGGAAGAGGAAAAGUGCUCGAUUGCUCGGAGGAACAAGGAAUCUACCAGAAGACUUUCUGAAUCUUCACAGCUGACGGUGGACUCACUGAAGGAGGAUCCUUGGCUUUAACUCUGCGAAUUUAAAUUUGCCUUUUUUUUUUCUUCUGGAAUUCCUAUGAAGCAGGAAUUCCAUCCAUCUGGGUAUUAUUAAGCAAAAGUUCUCCUGCAGCCGGUCUGCUUUAUUUAUUUACGUUUCGGAAGUUUUCUGUUGUUAUGUACCUGUAAAGCUUCAUCAGACUGGACUGAGUCCUGCGCUGUGCUAUCCAUACAUUUGGAGUUGAUGAGUUUACCCAUGAGAGAUCCAGUAAUUUCGGGGUCAAGCAUGGCUUACCACCCUUUUCUAUCACACAGGGCACCGGACUUUGCCAUGAGUGCAGUUCUAGGACACCAACCUCCCUUUUUCCCAACUCUGGCUCUGCCACCCAAUGGGGCUGCCCUUUCCCUUCCUGGUGCCCUGGCCAAACCCAUCAUGGAUCAAUUAGUGGGUGCCACAGAGGCUGGCAUCCCCUUUUCUUCUCUGGGUCACCAAGCAGCUGCUCAUUUGAGGCCUCUCAAAACUCUUGAACCAGAAGAAGAAGUUGAAGACGAUCCAAAAGUUCACCUGGAAGCCAAGGAUCUCUGGGAACAGUUCCACAAGAGGGGAACUGAGAUGGUCAUCACAAAAUCUGGGAGGCGAAUGUUCCCUCCAUUUAAAGUGAGAUGCACGGGUCUGGAUAAGAAAGCCAAGUACAUUCUGCUCAUGGACAUUGUGGCAGCAGAUGAUUGCAGAUACAAGUUCCAUAAUUCUCGUUGGAUGGUGGCUGGCAAGGCAGACCCCGAGAUGCCAAAGCGAAUGUAUAUUCACCCGGACAGCCCGGCUACGGGAGAGCAAUGGAUGUCCAAAGUAGUCACUUUCCACAAACUCAAGCUCACCAAUAACAUAUCUGACAAACAUGGAUUUACUAUAUUAAAUUCCAUGCACAAAUACCAGCCUAGAUUCCACAUAGUGCGGGCUAAUGACAUUUUAAAACUCCCCUAUAGCACAUUCAGAACCUAUGUGUUUCCUGAGACCGAAUUCAUUGCAGUGACUGCAUACCAGAACGAUAAGAUCACUCAAUUAAAAAUUGAUAACAAUCCAUUUGCCAAAGGCUUCCGUGACACAGGGAAUGGGAGAAGAGAGAAGAGGAAACAACUGACCCUGCAGUCCAUGCGAGCGUUCGAUGAGCAACAGAAGAAAGAUAACGCGAGCUCCGACGAGUCCUCGAAUGAACAGACCCCGUUUAAAUGCUUUGCCCAGACUUCUUCACCCAGCGCAUCUGCAGUGGGUUCUUCAAACAUUAAAGAUAUUUGUCAAAGCGAGGGGGAAAGUGAUGAGGAGAGUAAGGAUGAAGCCCUGCAAGAUACUAGUGAUUCUGCCAAAAUCUCAACCACUACCGCUGGAGAUGUAAAAGACAGAGGAAGUCCAUCCAGUGGCCGCCUGUUUCAGUCCGAUGUGAGAAGCAGGGAACAAGGCAGUAAGACUGGGAAGAGCUCCCCAGAUUCCAGACACAGCCCGGGACACAUCUCCUCCAGUAGCAGGGUCCAUAGCAUUGACGAUCUGAAGACCCCUACCAGGGAUUCUCUCAAACUGGAUGACUCAAAGCUCUCCAAGGAGCCGUACCCUCCAUUAUCUGUACAAACAGACAGUAGCCCUCACCAUCUUAGCCAUGGACAUCUGCAGAAUUUAGGAUUCCCUCCAGGGUUAACUGGGCAACAGUUCUUUAACCCCCUGGGUGCUUCACACCCUCUACUGCUUCACCCCAGCCAGUUUGCUAUGGGAGGGGCUUUCUCCAGCAUGGCAGCUGGCAUGAGCCCGUUGUUGGCCAGCGUCUCAGGAGCAACACCGGGGGUGAACAGCAUUGAGUCCACAGUUAUGGCCUCUUCCUCGCAAGGACUAUCAGCAGCCUCUGCUUUACCUUUCCAUCUCCAGCAACAUGUCCUCGCCUCCCAGGGCCUGGCAAUGUCCCCAUUUGGAGGACUUUUUUCAUACCCCUACACGUACAUGGCCGCAGCUGCAGCAGCCUCAUCAGCUGUCCACAGACACCCUUUCCUUAAUGCUGUGCGCCCCAGGCUGAGAUAUAACCCUUACUCAUUCCCAAUAUCUAUCCCAGAAAACAGCAGCUUACUGACCACUGCCCUUCACUCAUUACCCAAUGGCACAGUGGAUGGAAAAGCCAGCAGCCUGAUACCCAGUCCUGCCUCUGCAGCUCUCGAUUCUGAACUGGCCAGCAGAUCUUCAACACUUUCUUCGGGAUCUGUGUCCUUAUCUCCCAAGCUAUGUCCAGAAAAAGAACCCAGCAGCGAACUACAAAGUAUUCAGCGUCUUGUGAGUGGACUGGACUCCAAACAAGACCGAUCUAGAAGUGGUUCUCCCUGAACGGACACAACACACAGCCAUGUCUGGAAAAGGGAUGCGAUUUUUUUUUAUUUCUCAUUCCAAGCUCAGUCUUUCAGUGCACUUUUUUUGUUCCAAAAGGUCCCUUCGCCAUUUUGUUCCUGACAAACUUACACCACCCACUGUUUCCACUCAAAUUGGACAGUCGAAGGCAAUGCCUUACAAGCUGCUUAUCAUACUUUAUCGACAUGCACAGUACCACUUCUUCAUCCUUUCAAGGGGCAAGUGGCUACCUACAUGCUCACCAAGAGGGUGUUUUCAUUCUGCAACCAGGGAACGCAUACAUAGGACUGCAGAUGAAAGAACUUGAAAAUCAGUAAAAAUAUAAUUCAUACAGAUAUUUGACUUUAAUUAUAUAUGCUCAAUUGAUACCCUUAUUGGUGUGAAUUAGUGUUAAAAAAUAAAAAAAAAUAAAAAUCAGGCACACAAAAGGCUUCUGCAUGCAAAACAGUUGUUUGCUUUAAGUUCUCUGAAUAUCUGGUUAGUAGCCUGGGAAGAGCAAAUUUAGCCACCCUAUUGCAACAGCGAGUUUAAAUAAUAUAAUUACUAAAACAAAUGAAUACAUCGGAUUUUUUCUUUUUUAUGGAAACUCGACGUUGUUUAUCGUUUAAGCACCCAGUCUACAUAUAUGCAAUAACAGGGAAGAAAAGAAAGGGAGGGUAUUAUAAAAGUAUUUAUGUAAUUGUUUGAUAUCUCCUGUAAAUAAACUAAAAAUACAAAUACUGAAUAUUAAACUUUAAUUUAUUUUUAUUGUAUAUAUAUAUGUAAAUAAUAUUUCAGUUGUCUUUAUUUUAUUUGUGUAUUUAACCUAGUGAGUGCCCAAAUCGACAGCAUGGUAUGAAUUAGAAACCCAUGUGGCACACAAAUGGUUAAGAUUGUUCCAUUUCAAUCAUUCAUUAGUUGUUUCCAGUACUGUUUUUGUAAGAGUGUUGGGGGUAUCUGAAACGGGGAUCUAUAUAUAUUUCUGGGAUAAGUAUGUGUCUACCGUUUUGUUUAUUAUGUAUAUAGCAGAAGAGACUCUAGAAUUAGGCACAUACACACCAUGUGCCAAUAUUAUCCCUGGCUGAAUUUACCAGCGUCCCCCUGACUGUUCUCUGAUUGACCAAGAGUGACUAUAGCCUCUGUGGCUGUCUUUCUGAAGGGUUCAUUACAAAACAGAUUUUUUAAACUAGAUUCUGCCUUAGUUUCAUGCUGGUAUUUGCUCAGCUUCUCUCUCAGUUGUGACAGUGAUAAUAUAUGAAGGUAUAAAUCUAUAUAAAAUAUAUGAUGUAAUGAAUGUUGAAUAGGUCUUGUUUUCUCUGUAUUCUUGUUUCUUUUCAACAUCACCAAGUUUCAAUAAAUUUUUUUAUUGAAUUGUA